GGUUAUGAUCUCGGAGACAAAAAGCAAACAUAUUCUAUUCAUGUGUGUAUAUAUGUAUAAGGGCCGGUUGCAUAAAAGUAAAACUGAACCGCCGCGCCGAUUUUCCAACCGAAGUUGAAAUUCAACUGUCGGUUGAAGACAAUUGUGUUUACGAUCCUACUUUUAAGUACUUAGUAUCCCCUGAGUGCAAUAGGACGCGUAUAUGUAGUGGAUGUUCUUGUUUGGUGUUAUAGAAGCCAGCAUUGUUUCUCCUGAGUGCAAUAGGACGCGUAUAUGUAGUGGAUGUUCUUGUUUGGUGUUAUAGAAGCCAGCAUUGUUUCUCAGAGAUGCCAGUGUAGUUUCCUGUCGCCCCUAAAACAACUGUUGGUACUUUUGAACUAUGAUAAAAUCAUACCUGAAAAACUGGGAAUCCAAAUUUAGGCAAUUAAGUAUUAAACCUUUACCUCAAAAAAAAUGUUUAGUUACGCUCAAAAUGAUCUGAAACUUUUUUGUUCGUUGCUUCUACUACUUCGCCCCUCAACGGAUAUUCAUUAAAAAAUGACGUAUUAGCAUUCAGUAGGAUAGAAUCCAACAUUGAACAAAAUAUUUUCCUCAUUAACAAGAAUAUUCUGCUAUCACCGUUGUGUUUGUUCAGUGUGAUUUAGUGUAAAUUGAUGAAUAACAAAUUAUUGUUGUCGACGUAUUACAUUUUAUUAUUGAAUGUUGUAAUAAUUUAUAGCUUUGCUAUUUUGUAGUUGAGGUUAUAUUCGAUCCAACCGGUCCUCACAGCUUUUGAUGCUUUCUUAUCAUUUUGUUUGUGGAAUUUCCCUGAAUGCAUCCAGUGUCAACCGAUUUUCGCAUGUAGAUAUGAUUCGUUGAACAAAAAAGAGGUAAGUUUCAGAAUUUCUAUUUCUUAUACUUACAAUUUACAUCAUGUUCGUGUAGUCUGGAAGAUGCUAUCAAGUGUGAGCCUGUACAAUGUUCCCCCUAAUGAUAAAGGUAUCCAGUUAUCUCAGUUAGAAACUAUUAUCAACGAUCGCAUGCAGCUAUACCAAAUUCUCGAGAUGGCAAGCAUUAGGAAGGGUGGUUUACCGUGGGAGCAAUAUAUCAUGCAGCAAAUAAGACAUUACAAACUACAAAACUACAUUGAUCUUCUGGAAGACUGCAUCAUUUUUGUAGAUAAAGUCCAGACAUGUUGGAGGGAUGAAAUGGCUCAUUGGAUAUUGUUGUUGUGUGAGUUGAACAUUUCCAUUUGUUUUUAGUAAAAUUGUAGAGGUGAUUGAACUUCUGGAUAAUAUUACUAAUUAUCUUUCCUGUAAACCUACUUGGUUUACAGUUGGAAACAGCACAAGUCGUGGGUAAUUAUGGGAGCAUUCAGCUAAUUUAAUCUAUCUAGGAGUACAGCAGUUUCAUGACAAAUAGCAGUACCUGUGGAAUACUUUUGACAAUUACAACAUUAAUCAUCAUUCUAUAAUACUGGACAGCCAAGUGAAAACUACUAUCAAACAGACAACAUUAUCCUACGACAUACAAUUUGUAGGGCACGCUUAGAUCUACAGCUAGGUAUAGGUAGCAGGUUGCAGGUAUCUGAAGAGGUACCUCAAGAAGUUGAGGCAGUCUGCCACCGCUUAGCUUCUAGAUAUUAUAAGAAAAACUAGUUUUUUGAUUUUAUCAGAGUCUGCAUAGCCUAUUAGAGGUAGGCUGGUCCAUAUAGAGGUAGAGUGUCCCCUGUAGUAGAGUGGGUCCUUUUGUAAGACCAGAUUUACAAAAUUACAAGAUUUAUAUUGGGAACAGCACCAUUGCUUGCCAAAACAUUGUAUUGGGAUGAAGUCUAAAUGUGGAUUAUAAAUCUUCCCACUGUCUGGAAUUCUGAACCAUCAUUUUUUUCCAGUUUUCUGUCAAUCUCAGGAGCUGAGGGAGCUCUUCAUCAAAAGAGAAACAGAAUGGUUAGUACUGAGGUACAAGAAUGCUUCUGCUGAAGAUCUUAACUUGUUCUUGGAAGAGAACCAUUUUGAUUUUCCAGAGGUUUCUCAGGCAGAGAAAAAACAAUUCGAGAAAGAAUUUGCAUCAUGCAACUAUAAAAGAUCUAGAUUGGCUGGGAAUUUCCACAAGACACACUGGAGCAAUGUACAAAAACUGGUAACACUUAGAAAAGUGUUCUUACACAAAGGGAUGGCUUACUUCCCAAAGGAGCUUUUAGUAUAUGCUGUGCAGCAACACUUUCAGGAACGACUAAAUAAAAAACUGACGUGGGCAAGACGCGUGGGAAUUCGAGAUGAACGAAUUUACCACCUGAAGCCCAUCAUGCCGGUGGUAACCUCAAAGAGCUUUAAUAUCCCUAUUGAAGUGACUACGGACAACGUGGAUACGGUGGCUGAACAGCACUACCCCCUCUGUAUGCUCCAUCUGCAUAAUUAUCUCAGGCGGAAUCACCAUCUCAAAUAUGAUUGCAAGAUGCAGCUAGGCAUUUUCCUCAAGUGGGUUGGCAUGCCGUAUGAGGAUAUGCUCGUUUUCUGGAAGGAAGAGUUCACUCAGGUAAUGACUGAAGAAAAAUACGAGAAGGAGUACGUGUACCUAUUCAAGCACCAAUAUGGUAAAGUUGGCAGCAAACUUCAAUAUAAACCAUACACAUGCGAAAGGAUACAAAGUUUCACCCCGGCCGUGAAUCAAGAACACGGCUGUCCGUUCAAGCACUGGGACCAAUCUUCACUGAGCGCCAAGCUGGAAGAAGAAUUAGGCGGCGACUACGAACAAUUGCAGGAUAUAGAGGACCUGGUGCGUGAAAAGCACUACGUGGGGGCAUGCAACAAGUACCUCUGUUACAAGAAUCCCGCCGCUUCGAGUUCAGAACCCAUCGCAAGUCCGAAUGAGUAUGUGCAGAAGAGUAUGCUUAGCGACUUGUACGGCGUGAAUGAAGUAAAAGACUGCCUUGAUACGCUGCUUGACACUUUGUGAGUUAUAUUCGAAAAGGAACGGCGAGAGAAAAAUGCGAAUACUUAUUGUUGCCGUGGGAUGCUUAGGGAUUAUGGCGACAAAAACCUUUCAUGUGAAUUUAAAUGUUUGUAUGUAUUUGUUUACAUGUGUCCAGUUUACCGCGACUAAUGCAGUGACCGAGUUUGUUAGAAAGCGUUAUACCAAACCAGAAAGACGUCAAGACAAGCCAUUCUGGGGUAUUUUUUUAAAAUGUACUCUUUAUUUUUUUGCAGUUUUCGAGCUGGUGUUAAAAGAAUACCGCACAAAACAUGAGUAAGGGGGUACAUGUGCAGGGAUGCUGAUUACUUACUUUUCUCACUUUUUUCGAUCCAUCUCACUUUUACUUACUUUUCAUUGAAAAUAUUCACUUUUCUCGCUAUUUUCGCUCUCGCGUACAUAUAGUUUAUGGAUGUUUUCUAAGAAGCUGUCCUUCUCUCAAGCCCCACGAAAUUAAAUGCAGAGUUUUUUUUUAUAAAAAAGUUGUUCAUGUACAGGUUUCUACUGAGAAAUUACUGGAUUAGUUUUAAAUCUAUGUUGAAUUUAAACCCAACAUUGCACAUUAGACGUCUCCUUGAAAAUUCGAGGUCGUAUAGCCAUUUUAUACUACAAUGUGUAGGUUGGCUCUUGUUGUGGACUUCGUGUGUCGUUUUUUUGUUCCCUCCAACUUCGUUUCCUCAGGUUACACCCGUAUCCGGAUGUGUGGGCAUGUGUAUCUACUUUUGUAGUUUCAUAUGUGCAUUCAUUUCGGGCCUGAUGAAGCCAACCAGCAGAAAUACGUAUCGCUCGGGUUACCUAUCCUAUUUUCUGCUCGAAUCCACUUUCCUCCUUUUUGCGGAUUUUGCCCAUUAUUUUCCUACUUGUUGUUAUAUACUUUUCUCCACAUGAUCAUAUUCUCUUUGUAGAUCCUUUGGGUUUGAAGUACCACAGCAAGUGGCUAUAACCGGCCGCGUGGUGGUGGUUAGACGUCUCCUUGAAAAUUCGAGGUCGUAUAGCCAUUUUAUACUACAAUGUGUAGGUUGGCUCUUGUUGUGGACUUCGUGUGUCGUUUUUUUUCCCUCCAACUUCGUUUCCUCAGGUUACACCCGUAUCCGGAUGUGUGGGCAUGUGUAUCUACUUUUGUAGUUUCAUAUGUGCAUUCAUUUCGGGCCUGAUGAAGCCAACCAGCAGAAAUACGUAUCGCUCGGGUUACCUAUCCUAUUUUCUGCUCGAAUCCACUUUCCUCCUUUUUGCGGAUUUUGCCCAUUAUUUUCCUACUUGUUGUUAUAUACUUUUCUCCACAUGAUCAUAUUCUCUUUGUAGAUCCUUUGGGCUUGAAGUACCACAGCAAGUGGCUAUAACCGGCCGCGUGGUGGUGGUUAGACGUCUCCUUGAAAAUUCGAGGUCGUAUAGCCAUUUUAUACUGCAAUGUGUAGGUUGGCUCUUGUUGUGGACUUCGUGUGUCGUUUUUUUUUUCCUCCAACUUCGUUUCCUCAGGUUACACCCGUAUCCGGAUGUGUGGGCAUGUGUAUCUACUUUUGUUGUUUCAUAUGUGCAUUCAUUUCGGGCCUGAUGAAGCCAACCAGCAGAAAUACGUAUCGCUCGGGUUACCUAUCCUAUUUUCUGCUCGAAUCCACUUUCCUCCUUUUUGCGGAGUUUGCCCAUUAUUUUCCUACUUGUUGUUAUAUACUUUUCUCCGCAUGAUCAUAUUCUCUUUGUAGAUCCUUUGGGCUUGAAGUACCACAGCAAGUGGGUAUAACCGGCCGCGUGGUGGUGGUUAGACGUCUCCUUGAAAAUUCGAGGUCGUAUAGCCAUUUUAUACUACAAUGUGUAGGUUGGCUCUUGUUGUGGACUUCGUGUGUCGUUUUUUUUUUCCCUCCAACUUCGUUUCCUCAGGUUACACCCGUAUCCGGAUGUGUGGGCAUGUGUAUCUACUUUUGUAGUUUCAUAUGUGCAUUCAUUUCGGGCCUGAUGAAGCCAACCAGCAGAAAUACGUAUCGCUCGGGUUACCUAUCCUAUUUUCUGCUCGAAUCCACUUUCCUCCUUUUUGCGGAUUUUGCCCAUUAUUUUCCUACUUGUUCUUAUAUAUAUAUAUAUAUAUAUAUAUAUAACUUGUUGUUAUAUAUAUAUACUGGGUUUCAAUACAAUAUAAAGUCGUUUUAGCCUUACAUUCCAGAAAAGCUGUUUCUACGAAAAGUGUAGAUAAUGUCACUUUUGUGUUGAAAAAGAGAUAGAACUAUAUAUGUGCUUCUCAAUUUAAAGAUUAUCAUUGUAUGUUAUACAAGUAGAUCACCUUCAAAGGAUAUUAAAGUGUUCUACGAUAAAUUGGGUCAAGAUAUACAUUCUGUUUAUCAGCCAUACCAUCACAUAAUUUUAUGCGGCGAUUUCAAUAUAGAUUAUUACAAUCAAGGUACUGAAUCUGGAAACCCGAAUAGUGUCCUCAGUGAAUUCAAUUUAUCUCCAUCAGUGAGAUGACCGACAAGAAUAGAAUGUAGUUCAGUCACCACUAUUGAUACAUUAACAAAUUUUGAGGAUAGUGGUACUUCCUGCGCUUUAGUGAAUAAUGUGUCAGACCACAGGACAAUCUUCUUCGAAUUUCAUGAAAACAUCUCAACAAAAAACAAACCUAAUAAUAAAAGGUGCUAUAAUGAAGACACAAUAAACAAAUUUAUAUCAGAUCUACUAUAUGUGCUGAAGAUUGGUGUCCACUAUAUAACAUGAAUGAUGUUAGCCACGCCUUUGGAAAUUUUUUGAGGUAUUUAACUAACAAAUGAAUUUUCAACGGCGAAUGCAUACGAUUUCAACCACAAGUAAAUUAUGGGUGAACGAAGAAAUCGUGCAUACAUACUAUUCACAACUUGAAGGAAUUUUAUUAUUUAACAACAGUAGUUCCAGAAUGUAAGUAUCAGUAUAUUAUUGAAAAAAAGAAACAACACAAGAAAUUAAUAGAAUAGAUAAAUGAAAGUAUUAACAGAAAAAAAAAUGAUUCCAGCAACAAAACUAAAGCUGUCUGGAAGACUGUAUCUGAACUGACCGGAAAUAAUACAAAAAGUUAAAAAUGCACCUCGUCAAAAAUAUUCCAACAAAUUCCAUUCAUAAAAAAGUAUUCUACUGAAACAGCAAUUCAAAUGGUAUCAGAAGAAUGUGUACAGUAACAUUGUUCUUAGAUUUCAAGAGAGCAUUUGAGACUGUUGAGAGGGAGAAAUUGUUAACGAAAUUGCAUUGCUAUGGAUUUCAAGGUUCAGUAUUCAACUUACUACAAAAUUAUUUAAUCAAUAGAAGUCAAAGAACUAAAAUUGACAAUACAUUAUCAAACAUUAAAAACAUUUCGGUAGGUCUGCCACAGGGCAGCAAAUUAGGUCCAUUACUAUUUAUUUGAUAUACAGGGUGACUUUGAAGUUGAGUCAUUAAUUUUCAGAUAAUGAUUGUAGAAGGAAGAUAAACCAAAAUAUGUGUGUAAAAAUAAAAAAAAAAUGUUACCUUGUUUAAUAAAGUAUCCUCCCGACAAGUAUUUCAGUGCGGACCUGUAUUUGAUCGUGCGGUCUUGGAGCAGCAUGCCCUCACCUGUGAGGUCUUAAGUCACCUGAUUCACGAGCCCUUUGCACUACAUUAACAAAGGCACGAGGGGUUGGUUGCACUCGAUUGGGAAACCGAUUCGCAUAAAUCCGUGAUGCAUCCGGGAGCAUUUUGUAAAGACUGCCCCCCCGUAAAUAAGAAUCAUGUCCACAAGUUCAGCAUUUUCGUAAACAUGUGCCAUUUUUGAUUUCGUUUGAGCCACGCAACACACUACUAUUCACUCAGGAUUUAUCGACUGACGAAAAACAUCGUGAUAAACGUUUCAAAUUCUUUCGCUUUUUUGUUUCCGAUGCGAUGAACCGGAUUAUAUCCGUUGUCGCCAAACACGAGCAUAUAAUAGGCAGGGCGGUACUCAAACUUCCAAAGGGCUAUAACUUUGUUACUUUAAUUUUACCAGAAAAAUGGUAAAGGAAAAAACAUUUCUUUUGAUCAGAUCUACUCACUGUUAAAAUAAAUGACUCAACUUCGAAGUGUAAUGAGUAAUGAGUAAUGAUAUUCCUGAUAUUUUGCAAUACUGCAAAAGUCAACUAUUAUAUAUAUAUAUAUAUAUAUAUAUAUAUAUCAAAUAAAGGCAUUGAAACUGCAAUAGAGCUGUUAAAUAAUGAUAUGAAAAACGUAAUAAACUGGUUAAAUGUAAAUAAACUUAAACUAAACACAAACAAAACAAAAUAUACGCUAAUAGGAAAAUCUUUAGAUCAAAAUACGAUAAAUCUUACAAUUAAUCAUGAAAAAAUUGUGUCAAUCGAAUCAUUUAAAUAUUUGGGCAUAUACGUAGACAGUAAAUUAAAAUUUG